UCUUUGAAACGAACGCAAAGAAUGGUCUUAAUCUCAACUGUGCUCAACAAGGUGUUCAAUGCAGCCCCGCUUCGUUUUAAAUAAACGUUUUGCUACGUUUUGGCGGGGCUAUUCCGGUGUAAUGGACACAGCAGACUCAUUAAAUUAAAUUAAAUUAAAUUAAAUUAAAUUAAAUUAAAAAAAAAUAACCCCGUCUCUGUCAGUGCUCGAGUCCAAAUUCGCCCCCUAUCUGCGAGACUGGUCUGUUUAUCUCUGCCGCGAGAUUCCGCGAGGUUUCCGGUGUUGUGAUGAAUGUCUCUGGGAACAUGGCGGCUAGCGUCCGCGGCCGUCCUAUUCGAAGUGUUCGGGUGCGAGAUAAACGAUGUCGCAAUGACAGUGGAGAGGAAAACGUACCGCUGGAUCUUACUAGAGAGCCCUCUGAUAACAUGCGUGAAAUCCUUCAGAAUGUAGCCAAGCCACAUGGAGUCUCUAACAUGCGGAAACUAGGCCAUCUGAACAAUUUCAUAAAGCUUCUCUGCAGCGCUGGUUACUGUGUGAAGACAUUUGGGUUUACAUAUGAAGAAAUCAUUAUCUGCCUGCGGCUGGCACUCCUUAACGAGGCGAAGGAGGUGCGGGCGGCCGGCCUGAGGGCCCUGCGCUACCUCAUGAGGGACAGCAGCGUACUGCAGAGGAUCCUCCGGCUGCAGGUGGACUACCUGAUUUCUAGGUGCAUUGAUAUAAAGCAGAGCAAUGAAGUGGAACGAACCCAAGCUCUGCGGCUGGCCAGAAAGAUGAUCACCGUGAACGCCCUGCUUUUCCCGAACUCCGUCACCAACUCCCUGAUCGCCAUCGGUAGCGACGGUUUGCAGGAGCGUGACCCAAUGGUGCGGGCCUGCAUUGCCAUCGUCUGUGAGCUGGCCUUGAAGAACCCUGCGGUGGUGGCACAGAGGGGCGGGCUCUGCACCAUCCUGAAGAGUGUCAUCGACAGCCAGCUCAGCCGCAUCAAUGAGGCACUCAUCACCACCAUCCUGCACCUCCUCAACCACCCCCACACACGCCAAUACGUGCGCUCUGACGUCGAACUUGAGCAAAUUCUAGCACCUUAUACAGACUUUCACUACAGGCACAAUCCAGACACGACCGAAGCCCAGCUCAAAGAGGACCGACAAGCUCGUUUUUUAGCCAGUAAGAUGGCAAUUGUGGCAGCCUUCCGCUCCUGGUCAGGAAUCAUUAACCUUUGUAGAUCUGGAAACUCUGGCAUCCAGUCUCUCAUUGGUGUACUCUGUAUACCAAAUAUGGAAGUAAGAAAAGGGUUGUUGGAGGUGUUGAAUGAGAUUUUCCGCCUUCCUGUCCCCAUGGUGACGGACGAGUUUGAAGAAGCCCUUCACAGCAUUGACCCCAGCAGGUUUCAGGAUGGUUGGAGACUGUCCGACGGCUUUGUGGCGGCCGAGGCCAAGGUUGUUCUUCCUCAUCGGGCCCGUUCCAGGCCUGACCUCAUGGACAACUACUUAGCGCUGGUACUAUCUGCUUUCAUCACAAGUGGAGUUCUAGAGGGUCUGGUGGAGGUCAUCACCAGCAGCGAUGACCAGAUCUCAGUGCGAGCCACCAUCCUCCUGGGAGAACUGCUGCACAUGGCCAACACAAUCCUCCCUCACACGCACAGCCAUCACCUGCACUGUUUACCCACCCUCAUCAACUUGGCUGCCUCCUUCGACAUCACCCAGGAAAAAAGACUACGUGCCAGUGCAGCGGUGAACCACCUGAAGCGUUUCCACGAGAAGAAGAGGCGCGGCCCCAGGCCCCAUAGCCUGUACCUGGACCAAAUCAUCCGCAAGGCCAUAGACUCCCCGUACCGCAGGGAGGCACCAGUGCGGACGUACAAGGACAUCUACGCAUCCAUUAAGGACACAGAAGAAACACUUAUGCUGAACUUGAGGGAUAGUCACAUCCUCAACCACAAGCAGAACCUUGAGUGGAACUGGCUUCUGAUCUCCACUAUACUGAAGUGGCCAAAUGCUAACCUCAAAAACAACAAAGAUGAACAAAUGCACCGGUUCGCGCGACGGCUGCUCUACUUCUACAAGCCCAGCAGCAAGCUGUACGCCGCUCUGGAGAUGGAUCACAGCAGGGGCAGGCAGCUGACCGUGGUGGGAUGCCAGUUUGUGGAGUUCCUCAUGGACUCGGAGGAGGAGGGGCAGGCGUAUCUGGAAGAUCUGGUGAAGGACGUGGUGCAGUGGAUCCCCUCCACCUCGGGGGUGAAGCCCGAGCGCAGUCUCCAGAGCAACGGCCUGCUCAACACCCUCAGCCAGCACUACUUCCUGUUCCUGGGCACGCUGUCGGCCCACCCGAAUGGCGUCAAGGUUCUGGAGAAGUGCAGUGUCUUUCAGUGCCUGUUGAACAUGUGCUCCAUGAAGAACCAGGACGCCAUGCUGAAGCUCACCGUGGCUUCGCUGGACUACAGCCGGGAAGGCCUGGCACGGGUUAUUCUCUCAAAGGUCCUCACAGCGUCAACGGAUAUCUGCCGCAUGUACGCCACAAAGCACCUGCGGGUGCUGCUGCGGGCCAACGUGGAGUUCUUCAGCAACUGGGGCAUGGAGCUCCUGGUGACCCAGCUACAUGACCACAACAAAGCCAUUUCCGUGGAGGCACUGGACAUACUGGACGAGGCAUGCGAGGACAAGGCCAAUCUGCACACACUUAUCCAAAUGAAGCCAGCACUUUCUCACCUUGGAGACAAAGGAGUCCUAUUACUCUUAAGAUUCCUGUCCAUACCUAAGGGAUUUUCCUACCUUAACGAGAGGGGUUAUGUCACCAAGCAGUUGGAGAGAUGGCAGAGAGAAUACAACCUGAAGUAUGUUGACCUGAUCGAAGAGCAACUGAACGAAGCCCUCACUACGUACCGCAAGCCUGUAGAUGGGGAUAACUACGUACGGCGUAGCAACCAAAGGUUACAAAGACCAAAUGUAUAUCUUCCUGUGCACUUGUACGGCCAGCUUGUCCAUGAUAAGACUGGCUGCCACCUUCUCGAAGCCCAGAACGUUGUUCCUGACCUGAGUUAUAUUGUGCGCUCUCCAGUGUUGGAGAAGUGGGAGGGCAUCAAACAGCUCAAGGCAGCGCUGUGGGCUUUGGGUAAUAUUGGUUCCUCAAAUUGGGGUCUGAAUCUUCUCCAAGAGGAGGCUGUGAUUCCAGACAUUAUAGCUCUGGCCCAGCACUGUGAGGUCUUAUCCAUCCGUGGGACAUGUCUGUAUGUGCUGGGGCUGAUCAGUAAGACUAAGCAGGGCUGUGACGUGCUGAAACAGCAGGGCUGGGACGCGGUGAGGCACAGCCGCCGGCAGCUCUGGCCCGUGGCACCGGACGAGGUGGAACAGCCGCUGGCCACCGAGCUGUCGUCGGUCCCCAGCACGCUCAGCCUCAACUCCGAGUCCACCAGCUCCCGGCACAACAGCGAGAGCGAAUCACAGCCCAGUCUUUUCUACCUGGAGGACGACCGGUGCGACGGCCUGCCGUUCGCCGAGGAGCACUCCCAGCGCACGCGCUCCAAGCCCCAUAAAGACCGCAGCCGCUUCACCCUGCUGACCUCCAGUCGCCUGAUGCCCCGCGGCUUCCUCACCUCGCUCUCACUGGCCAGCAAGAAGCCGCGCAGCACCAGCGACCCCAAGAGCCUCAGUGGCCGGCACCACGAGGAGCAGAUGAGCGCCAGCAGGCGAGUCCGCACGGUCACGGAACCCGCCUCGCUCUGUUACAGCCCCUCUUCCGAAGUGUUCUUCAAUGGGGGCAGCAACUCGCCUCACAGCCCCACCAUCAGCCUGGAAACCUCCUUUCUGGGCAACCGGGUGGUGGCGGCGGCGGCGGCGGCCCAGCCUGGAGGUGGUGGAGGUGGUGGAGGGGGGAGCAGCUCCAGUGUCUGUGAGAUUGAGGUCUCUCUGCCCAAAAGCACAGGGGCCGGGCCAGGACCUGGGGCUGAGGCGGCAGGGGCGAGGGACCUGAAUGGCAGCCAGCGGGAGCGCCUGACCUCGGGAGACGGCCCCUCCUGCCUGACUUCGGGGGGCCCCACCUUCAAGAGCCGCAGCCAGAGCUUCAACACGGACACCACCACCAGUGGCAUCAGCUCCAUGAGCUCCAGCCCCUCCCGUGAGACGGCCGGAGGCACUGCCGCCACCACCGACACCGACUGCGCCAGUCUAGACACUGUGGUCAGUGCCAAGACGCUCAAGACGGUUGGCUCACUCACCCCUCCGCCCGAGUCCAACCACCUGCCCCUGUCCAAGGCCAGCUCCGUGUUGCUGAUGCCGCCGGGCUCAGCCCACACCCUGCCGCGCCGGGCGCAAUCGCUCAAGUCGCCCUCGGUAGCGGCGAUCAAGGGCCUGGUAGACUACGGCUUUAUUUACACAAGCCCACGCGACGCACUAGGCUACGCCACACUGAAGCGGCUGCAGCAGCAACGCAUCCACCCCUCACUCUCCCACAGCGAGGCGCUCGCCUCCCCCGCCAAGGACGUGCUCUUCACCGACACCAUCACCAUGAAGACGGGCAGCCUCGACUCUAGACUCACCUCACGCAGGUUCCUCAAGGCUCUGAGCUUUGCCUCCCUGGAUAAGGAGGACCUCCUGAGCCCCAUCAACCACGCCACCCUGCAGCGCUCCUCCUCCGUGCGCUCCAUGGUGUCCAGCGCCACCUACGGCUGGUCCGAUGACUUCGUGGGCCUGGCGCUUCCCGUGGACAUCAACGACAUGUUCCAGAUUAAAGAGUCCUCAUACUUUCAGAAACGAACAAGUCCAACAGCUGGGGAGAAAGUGAAUAAAUUCUUUGGGGAGUCAGAUGGCUUUGUCUCUGGCCCAGCUCUGAGGCAGCAGAUCAGCAUCUCGGAGCUGCUGGCCGGCAAUCGCCCCGACCAGCCGGGACAGGAGGGGGGAGGCCUUGAGGAUACGGGCCUGCAGGAGCACACGGAGGACAACUGCCUCUACUGCGUGGGCCUGUUGGUGCUGGGCUGCCCCACCGCUGGCAACCACCUCAACUCCACACACAACCGCAACGAAGUGAGUGACAAUCAGUACCCUACAUGGUGUGGGCCAACCAGUCACAACCACCUGGAGGUGGUACCCCAGUCCAAGUUCUCGGGGGUGUCGGGCUGCAGUGAUGCAGUGUCUGGGGGCUCGGUCAACAGCAGCACCCCUAGCGCAGACAUUGUCCUGGGUGUUAAGGCCAUGCCUGAGGACAUGCCAGCCUCCAGGGUGCUCCUGAGAAAGGAGGUGCUUCGGCUGGUGGUCAACCUCAGCUCCUCUGUGGGCACCAAGGGCCAUGAGACGGGCCUCCUCACGAUCAAAGAGAAGUUCCCCUACGCCUUUGAUGACAUUUGCCUGUACUCAGAGGUGUCCUACCUGCUGGCCAACUGCAUGUUCCGCCUGCCCUCCCGCCGCUUCAUCCAGGAGCUCUUCCAGGACGUGCAGUUCAGGCCCAUGUACGACGAGGCUGACACCAUGUUGUCGAUGCCACCAAAGACGGAGGAAGGAGACUUUGCUGCUGCGUCCUGAUCCUACCGAAGAAGCUCUGUACCCCCCCCUCCCCCUCCCGCAGAGCUUUUUCCUCCUACACCACACAUCCCCACCCACAUGCAGAGAAACAAAGCGACCAAGGACGAAUGGUGAGGGGGAGAACCUGGACAACAAGAGGGAGUUGAUGGAAAAAGGAGGGAAGGGUGUUGGAGGAAGACAGGGUAUGAACAAGUGAGAUGGAGAGACCAGGGAAAGGAUCCCGUCCCCUCUAUGUGCCCAUGUAGGAGAAGUGGAAAAGUUGGCAGAUCUGCGAUCAGAAACAAAACAAAACCGAAACCACAACAG